AUGUCUGAAUUUGACAAGCUGUUUGCCGAGCGUACAGCCCGUGGCUCCAGCACCGUCCACGGUUGCGUUACUGCCGCUGUCGAUAAGAAUGGAAAGGAGCUCUUCUAUAAGGCCCUCGGCUACGACGGAACAGGCCCCGACGCGCCAGCCGUUGAUCCCAACGCUACUUUCUGGAUCGCCUCGUGCACCAAGCUCAUCGGUACUAUCGCCGCGUUGCAGUGCGUUGAACGCGGUCAAAUCACCCUCGAUGAGCCUGUGGGCCGCGUUCUCCACGAACUCGCCAAUCCCGAGGUAAUCAACAAAGCUCCCGACGGAGCUUACGAUCCUGCCUUCACGACGACACCAGCAACUAAGAAGAUCACCCUCCGUCACCUCUUGACCCACUCCGCUGGCCUUGGAUAUGACGCCUUUAAUCCGACGUUAUUGGCCUGGCGUCAAUCGAGAGGGGAGCACCCCAAAAGUAUGAACGGCACUGUCAUCGAGGGGCACUCGGCACCGUUGCUCAACGAGCCGGGUGAGGGCUGGGUUUAUAGCGGAGGCAUCGACUGGGCCGGUGUGCUUGUCGCGCGAUUGAACAAGACCACUCUGGAAGAAUACCUCCAAGAGAACGUCUUCAAGCCCCUCGGCAUGUCUAGUACCACGUUCCGGCUCGAGAGGCGCAGUGACAUCAAGGAGCGCCUUCUCACGACGGCUCAGAGAACAGAGGACGGAUUGUUGAAGGAUUCCACAAAAGUCUGGCCCGACUACGCCGCCGAGGAUUGCGCCGGCGCCGGUCUCUACUCGUGUGUAUCCGACUACCUCCAGGUUCUCAAGGACUUGGUCAAGGACGAGCCUACGCUUCUUAAGAAGGAGACGGUCGAGGGGGAAAUGUUCCGCCCCCAGUUCGCCGAGGGCGGCCGUUCCAUGGAAGGUUUGCUUGGAUCCACCGACAUGGUCGCCGCCAUGACCGGCACCUCGUCGUUUGACGGAGUCAACUGGGGCCUCGGGGGAAUUUAUGCGGAGGGCGACGUUGGCACCAUGCCCAAGGGCACGCUCACUUGGGGUGGUCUGCCUAAUCUUGUGUGGUUCGCCAACAGGGAGAGGGGUGUAGCAGGCUUCUUUGCCACGCAAGUUAUUCCCCCGGGCGACAAGACGAUUGCGAGCUUUAUUGGGGAGAUUUCGCAGGUGGCUUUUCGCUUGGCGUCAGCUCAAUUGAUUUAA